UAUUUGUGGUGAAGUUCUGUACGGUGUGCAGGGUGAUUGUAUAAAUACUGUCAGAAACAGGAACAUCCUGGUACAGGCUGCUUGCUGCACCUUCAGCUAACUCAUUUUGAAGGACACAUUUUCUCUUCCCCUGCCUUGGGAAAUGGCACUCUCGCAUCCCUAUUUCCUGAGUCGUUGGGAUGCUCUGCGGAGCUGUUAUUUCCCCAGGCGAUUGUUUGAUCAGGACUUUGGGCUCCCUCCUCUCUCCGAAGAACCACUGAAGGACUGGAUGCAGUGGGUAGAGAAUCGGCUCAGUUUGAGCCCCUCUGACAGCACCACGCCCAGCCCCUGCCCAUCACCCUUGCAGAGGCCUCUGUUUGGGGGAAUGUCUCUGAUCCAGCAGACCUCGGGCAACUGGAAAAUCAGCCUUGAUGUAAAGCAUUUCACCCCUGAGGAGCUCCAGGUGAAGAUCCAGGAGGGUUAUUUAGAGAUUUCAGGAAACCACAAGGAAAAACAAGAUCAACAUGGGUUUAUUUCGAGAAGUUUUACCAGAAAGUACAUGCUUCCUUCUGAAGUGGACACCCUGUCUGUGACCUCAUCUUUGACUUCGGAUGGGAUCCUAAUUGUGGAAGCUCCACUGCCCAAUCCUGCUGUCCAAGUUCCUGUGGAAGUAACAGCUCCUGUAAAUACAGAGGACAAAUCUGCAGCUGAGAGGGAAGUGGAGACGGAGAAGGUGAUAGAGGAGGAGACAGACCAAGGGAAGGAGCUGGAGGAAGACACGGAGCUUCUAGAGGAACAGGGCAAGGAUACAGCGCAAGAGGUGGAGCCAGAUAAAGAGGAGGCAGAGCAAGAGAAAGUGGUACUGCAAGAAUAAGACCAGGAAGUGACUCAAAUGAAAUAAGAAAUUGUGGAGAAAAGACAACAGGCAAACUUGUUAAGGAAUGUUAUAAUUAAAAGGCUGCUAAUUAGCUUAGGCAAGAUAUCAUUUUAAUAACGUUAGUGAAAAAGAAUCAGCACUAAUGUAGACAAUUGAACAAGAAUGUUUUGACAAAAUCAGGAAUCAUUUGCAUUUUUAUAUAAGUAAAGCAAUGAAAAUAUUUGAGAAAUCCCAUGAGAUAUUUGCACUAACUGAUCAUAUUAUUUAAAAGUGUCUUAAACAUUUGAUUUACAUAAUAAACAGCCAACUUUUGGAACAUUUUGUACUGAAACUAUAAUAAAUAUAUCUACUUUCAGUAUGUUGUAGAAAAUAACAGAUACCUGAAUGUGGUUACAAGGCAACAAUGUACUCAAGAAA